UAAUGAUUUUUCUCAUUUCCAUAUGCUCUUCCCUUUUUAGUUCUCUUUUCCUCUUUUAACAGCCUUCUCAAAAGCACCCAUAACCGGCGGAAACAGAGGAGCAAAGAAAGAAAAGUAAAGGAUGAGACUUGCGCCUGAGAACGAUUGUUCAGAAAUGGGUUGAGACAGGCAAAAGAAACAACCCAAGCCUACAUAAUGAAAACCCAGAAACCAUACUUUAUUUUUCUCAGUUUGUAGUAAGUUUUUUAUUCUAUUCUACACUUCCUUUUUGCUGAAUUUAACGGCUCUUCGCAUUUUUAUGAACAAAAAUCCCAUUUCUUGAGAGGUAAUUUAGUUACUGAAUCAUGCUUUGAGUUCAUAAAAGUUUAGUCAGUUUACGGUUUUUAUGGAAUGUUGUUGACACUUGACAGUGAAUCUGCAAUUUUCUUAAAAGCAUUUUUUUUGUUUGAUUGAAUAGAUUCUAUCUUCCAACACGUGUUUUAAAGUAUGUGUUGUCUUCAUCAGGUAACUUAAGGCAGGUUCGGAGACGACAGUUACCAGUACCAGUUGUUUCGUAACAUAAAGUUUUAGACCGUUAGAUUAUCUCGAUAAGGUUAUUUUUAUGCCGUUCCUGCUUUGAUAUCUUCAUGUUACUAUUCAUGUUAUUAGGUCGUGUGCGUUUCCUUCACGUCAAAGCUGAAUUAUUUAUUUUUCUGUUUGUUGGUGCACCAGGAUUUAAGCACAAGGACUGAGAAGUUUCAGUACUUUAACAUUUUUUCUCAAAAUUAAAAGUGGCUGGAUUUUAAUCUUCUUAGCUGAUCCAUCCCCUCAGGACCGUCAUCCGUGGUCGGAGGUCGUCAGGAACUGGUGUUGUUGGUGGUAUUGAGUACCGAAAGUCAUGGAAACUGUGAAGCAUUCAGAUUCUGUUGGCAUGUACUCAUGGUGGUGGAACAGUCAUAUAAGCCCCAAAAAUUCAAAAUGGCUUCAAGAGAAUCUCACAGAUAUGGAUACUAAAGUCAAGCAAAUGAUCAAGCUCAUUGAAGAGGAUGCUGAUUCGUUUGCUAGGCGAGCAGAGAUGUAUUACAAGAAACGUCCAGAGUUAAUGAAAUUGGUAGAAGAGUUUUAUCGAGCAUACCGAGCAAUGGCUGAAAGAUAUGAUCAUGCAACCGGGGUGCUUCGUCAGGCUCAUCGGACAAUGGCAGAAGCAUUUCCAAACCAAGUUCCACUGGUUUUUGCAGACGAAUCACCAGGAGGUUCGGCAACAGAGGUUGAUCCCCGUUCACCUCUGACUCCACCACCAUUAUGUGGAUUAUCGGAGCCUGAUGAGUUGCAAAAGGAUGCUGUUAUGUUUGGUUCUGAUGGAGCUACAAACCAUGUAAAGUUCACAGAAAGAAGGGCAAGAAAAAGCCUCAAGUUUGAUGAUACAGAGGAGAAAGACCAAAGUCUGCAAAAUAAUGGGGGCCCUGAUCUAAGUGUUGAAGUCCCUUCUGAGUCCGAACGAGUGAGUAAGGCUGAGGUGGAAAUUUCAAACUUGAAGAAUGCUCUUGCUAGAUUAGAAGUUGAAAAAGAAGCCGGCUUACUUGAGUACCGGCAGAGUUUAGAGAGAUUGUCUAAUCUAGAGCUAGAAGUCUCUCGUGCACAAGAAGAUUCCCAGGGGCUUAAUGAACGAGCAAGUCAAGCUGAAGCCGAAGUGCUGACUUUAAAGGAUGCCCUCGCUAAAUUAGAGGCUGAAAGGGAGGCUAAUCUUGAUCGAUACCGGCAGUGCUUGGAGAAGAUAAAUAAUCUUGAGAACAGUAUAACUCAUACGCUAAAGGAUGCUGGAGAACUGAAUGAGCGAGCUGCUAAAGCUGAAAUUGAAGUCCAAACCUUAAAGCAGGACCUCACCAAAGUAGAAGCUGAAAAGAAGGACGCUGUUACUCAAUACAAGCAGUGCACAGAGACUAUUAGCAAUCUGGAACAAACAUUAUCAAAUGCUGAAGAAAGAGCCAGGAAGAUGACUGAAAGAGCAGAGAAAGCUGAAACUGAACUUGAAACUCUAAAAUUAGUGGUUCUCGAGCUGACCAAAGAUAAGGAAGCUGCUGCUCUUCAGUACCAGCAGUGCUUAGGGACGAUUUCUAGCCUGGAAAACAAACUUGCUUGUGCCCAGGAAGAGGCACAAAAGCUCCACUGUGAGAUAGACGACGAGGCUGCAAAGUUAAAAGGUGCUGAAGAGAGAUGUAGUCUAUUGGAGAGAACCAACCAAAGUCUGCAUACUGAAUUCGAGUCUUUGGUGCAAAAGAUGAGGGAUCAAAGUCAAGAGCUAACAGAGAAGCAGAAGGAAUUGGGGAGACUUUGGACAUCCAUACAAGAAGAACGCUUGAGAUUUAUGGAGGCCGAAACGACAUUUCACACUUUGCAGCAUUUGCAUUCUCAAUCUCAGGAAGAACUCAGAUCUUUGGCCACCGAGCUUCAGAAUAGGGCUCAAAAUUUACAGGACAUUGAAACACGUAAUCAUGGUUUAGAGGCUGAACUGCAGAGGGUCAAGGAUGAGAACAAAAGCCUGAACGAACUCAAUAUAAGUUCUGCAAUGUCCAUCGAGAAUAUGCAAGAAGAGAUCUUAAGCUUAAAGGUGAUUAUAGCCAAACUUGAAGCAGAAGUUGAACUUAGAGUGGACCAAAGAAAUGCUCUUCAGCAAGAAAUUUACUGUUUGAAACAGGAACUCAAUGACUUCAACAAGAGACACCGGGAAAUGACAGGGCAGCUGGAAUCUGUUGGCUUAAAUCUAGAAAACUUUGCAUCAUCUGUGAUGGAAUUGCAGGACGAGAACAGAAAGCUAAACGAUGACUGCAAAAGAGAGAGAGAUGAAAAGCUGGCCCUACUAGAGAAGUUGGAAAUCAUGGAGAAAUUUAUCGGGGAAAAUACCCUUUUAGAGAAUUCACUCUCAGAUAUGAAUGCUGAGCUAGAAAGUGUUCGGGGGAGAGUAAAGAUUUUGGAAGAAUAUUGUCACUCUCUUUUGGGAGAGAACUCCACCCUCGCCGCAGAGAAGGAUGCAGUUAUUUCUCAGUUAAAGAUUGCAACUGAGAAUCUGGAAAAGCUUUCGAAGAAGAAUAACUUUCUGGAGAAUUCCCUUUUUGAUGCAAAUGCAAAGCUCGAAGGAUUCAGAGUUAAAUUAACUAACUUAGAAAAUUCAUGCCUUUUGUUUGGUGAUGAGAAGUCUGGCCUCAUAACACAGACAGAAGGUUUGAUUUCUCAGUUGAUUGUCAGUCAAAAAAAGUUUGAAGAUUUAGAAAAAAUAUAUCAGGGCUUAGAAGAAAAAUAUUUGAGUCUGGAGAAAGAGAGAGAAUCAACAUUUUCUGAAGUGGAAGAGUUACAAAAGUUGCUAGAGGCUGAAAAGACGGAGCAUACUAGCUUUGUGCAGUUGAAUGAAACCCACGUAACUGCUAUGGAAUCUCAAAUUCAUUUUCUACAAGUGGAAAACAUUUGCAGGAAGAAAGAAUAUGAACAGGAACUGGACAAGGCCAUGAGUGCUCAGGUAGAAAAUUUUAUCUUGAAGAAAUGUGCACAAGAUCUUGAAGAAAAGAAUUUAUCCCUAUCGCUUGAGUGUAGGAAACUCUUAAGAGCCAUCAUAUUAUCAGACAAACUUAUCUCUGAACUGGAGCUCGCAAAUUCCAAAAAACAGAUGGAGAUAAAAUCCUUAUUCGAUCAAAUUACCAUACAAAGGACAGGGCUUUAUCAGAUGUCAAUGACUCUUGAGAUUGAUGCUACCCAUGGUUAUUAUGAUACGAGUAAACAAGACCAAUCAGUUCUUGACCGUGUGUAUGGAAGAUUACGGGAGAUGCAAAAUUCACUUCUAAACUCUCUGGAUGAAAAUCAACAAUUGUUAAUUGAGAAUUCGGUUCUUAUUGCUUUACUCGGGCAACUGAAAUUAGAGGUAGAAAAUCUUGCUAAAGAGAAAAAUUCACCGCACCAAGAGUUGAACAUUCGGUCUGAGGCAUUUCUGGAGCUGCAGAAAAGAGCUGAAAAACUUGUGGACAUGAAUGAAGAACUGAAAUUGAAAGUGAUGGAGGGAGGACAAAGAGAAGAAGUUUUACAGACUGAAAUACAAAGUGUUCGUGAAAAACUGUUAGUCUUGCAAAGGGAAUACCAGAGUUCAUUGGAGGAUAGCCACAGGGUGGUAGAUGAGAAAAAGUCUUUGAUGAAGGAAGUUUUAGACUUGGGCAAGGAGAAACAUAAUCUAGAGGAGGGAAACUCUGCUGUCUUUGCUGAAGCAAUAUCUGAAAGUAACACUUCUCUUAUUCUCAAGGAUAUUAUUGCUGAUAAUUUCGAGGAAAUAAAGCAUCUCACUGACAAUUUGGAUAAACUCAAAUGUCUCAAUAAUGAUCUUGAGGGAAAACUGAGAAUAAUGGAGAGAAAGUUUGAUGAUAUGCAAAUGGAAAACUCACAUCUCAAGGAUUCAAUGAGAAACUUGGAGAAUGAACUGGUGUCAGUUAGAUCUGUUGGUGAUCAGUUAAAUGAUGAAGUUUCAAAGGGAAAGGAUCUGUUGGGCCAGAAGGCGAUUGUGCUUUUGGAAGCAGAACAAAUGCUCGGUGAAAGUCAAGAGGAGAGAGCCCAAUUGCAUGAAUUUUUAGAGGAUCUUACGACUAAAUAUGAGGAGGCCAUACUGAUAGGUGAAGAUCAAAAGAAGCAAAUUCGCAAACUAUCCAGAGAUUAUGACCAUCAAAGUAAGGAAACUGAAAGCAUUCGUCGGGCUAAUCAGAAACUUGAGGUUGAAUUUGCCAAAUUGAAUGAGGAACUUGAAGAAAGGAAACAUAGGGAGGACAGUUUUAGUGUUGAACUACAAAAGAGAAGAAAUGAGGUUGAACUUUGGGAAAGUAAAGCUGCCGCAUUGUCUGGUGAGCUACAGAUUUCUACUGUCCAUGCAGCAUUGCUUGAAGAGACGGCUAAUGAGCUUAUCAAGGAGUGUGAAGUCCUUGGAAGUAAAAGUCGCUCCAAAGCUAUGGAGUUAGAAGAGCUGGAAAGAAGUGCUAGAAUCUUGAAACGUGAGAAUGAAGAAUUUAAAGUUCAGUUGGCAGCAUAUGUUCCAGCUGUUGUUUCUCUCAUGGACAGUGUCACAUCAUUGGGGAGUCGAACUCGCUUGUCUCCUAAAUUUCCCGCAGAUCAUAAUGAUGGAGAUGCUGAUUUGGCUACUGAAUCGCAUGCUGAAAAUUAUCAACGAACAGGUGAAGGCCAAAUUGCAUCAGUUGAAGAUGGUUUUCCCGACUUGCAGGGUAUCCAUAAGAGAGUUAAAUCUAUUGAAAGUGCAGUGGUGGAAAUGCAAAAGCAAGCAUCAAUCGAAAACUUAACUCUCAAUUCCAAACUAGAGACUGCCAUGAGACAGAUUGAAGAGUUAAGAUUUGGAAGCAGCUCACGUCGUGAACAAGUUAGAGCGAAGAGGCACGUGAAUGCUAGACAAGAUGGGGGGAAACUUGGCCAUGGACUUGGUAACAAUGUCAAAGCUCAGAGACCAGCAUCUGAAAUUUCUGAGGGCAGUGAAAUGAUGAUGAAAGAUAUUCUGCUUGAUCAAACAUCCGAGUGCUCAUCCGAUGGGUUAAGCAGGAGAGAAACUGCAGAGCUUGAUAAUCAGAUGCUUGAGUUGUGGGAAACCACUGACCGUGAUGGUAACAUUGCCUUGAAAGUCGGCAAGUCCCAGAAGAUGGUCGCCGCUUCAACUGGCAAUCAACGGAUUGGUACAGCAAAGGCGCGCAGGGGCAAAAAUCUCUCUACAGAAUCAAUUGUGAAGGAGUUGGGUGUUGAUAAAGAGAGCUCUAAGAGAUUUACAGAGCCUUAUCAAGAAGGAAGCAAGAGGAAGAUUUUAGAAAGACUCGAAUCGGACGCUCAAAAGUUGGGUAACCUUCAAAUAACUGUGCAGGAUCUUAAGAGGAAGGUGGAGAUAACUGAAACGGGAAAAACGGGGAAAGGAAUUGAAUAUGGUACAGUUAAACAGCAGCUAGAAGAAUCUGAGGAAACCAUCAUUCAACUAUUCGAUGUCAAUCGCAAACUGGUGACACAUGUUGAAGACCGCUCUUGGUCACUUGAUAGGAAGCCUGCGUUAGAAUCAGAUGAGAGUAGUUCUUUUAGGAGACGAAGAGUAGCAGAACAAGCUCGAAGAGGGUCCGAGAAGAUAGCGCGGUUGCAAUUGGAGGUGCAGAAAAUCCAGUUUCUCUUACUGAAACUUGAUGCAAAAGAAAGCAAAGGACCAACCAGAAUCAUGGAGCGUAAAACAAGAGUUUUAUUACGGGACUAUCUUUAUGGUGGUGUAAGAAAGAGCCAGAACCAGAAGAAGAAGAAGAAGAAACCCUUUUGUGCAUGCGCGGAACCCCCAACGAAAGGAGAUUGAGGCAGUGAUCGAUCAGUGUAGUUUUCAGUACUGAGACUUUAGUUGUACUGGCUAUAGAUCUGCCCUCCUAAGUUUUGUGCUUCACAUAUUUAUAUCCUCUUAGAGGUUAUCUUCUUCCGUAGUUUAGAGAUCCAGCCGUAUAUUUCAGGCACCAUCGAAUCAUAACAAAGUGUACUUUUGUAGCCUAAAACUUCCCUUCUCUAUAGGUUUAACUUGGCCUAAAUAUGGAUUUAAAUGGAAAUUAUUUUGUUCUAGCUCA